AUGGCCACCACUCCGGAGGAAUUCUUUAUGGAGGGUCUCAUGAACUUGUCACCACCCUCCCCAUCUGUGUUGCUUGACCUUCCCCAAAUGACCAAUGAUGUCGGUCAGGAUUCACUCUGCCCUGAUGAAAUAGUCCUCUCCUAUGUUUCAUCCGUGCUCAUGGAAGAUCAAUCUGAAGACAAACUCCUGUGCCAAGACACUGAUCAUCCUUCGCUUCUCCAGGUGCAGAAGCCAUUUUCCCAAAUUCUCUCCUCCCCUUCCUUCAGCACAAACAGUGACAACACCGUCAACAGGGACAAUAUUGAGGGAGCCAGGAAUUUGUUCCAGGAUUGCAGUGGUGAUCAAUGCACACUGAGAUCAUCCUUGUCCAUUGGUGCGCUUGCAGCGGGGUCAGUCUUGAAGGGCAUGGAAGAGGCUAGCAGGUUCUUGUCAGAAGAUAAUGUCUUCAGAAAGGAUCAGCAAUUGAACCAAAUGACUAGGGAAAGUGGCAAUUCUAGGGUAUUCAAGAAGAGGUAUAACAGGGAUGAGGAUGGGGAGGCGGUGUCUGCUAGCAAUUUCAGGACCGCGCAUGAGCUGCUGAAGCAGAUCAAGCAGCAUGCAUCAGCAACAGGGGAUGCAACACAACGGCUAGCUCAAUGUUUUGCCAAGGGGCUGGAGGCACGGCUAAUGGGUACAGGGAGGCAGCUUUGGCAGUUGCUGACAUUGGAGCAACCACUGGCCAUAGAGUACCUAAAGGCCUACAACCUUUACAUGGCAACCUGCUCCUUCAACAGGGUGGCACUCUUUUUCAACGUUAUGACCAUUGAGCAUGCCAUGGUGGGGAAGAGCAAACUUCACAUUGUAGACUAUGGUCCACAUCACGGGUUCCAGUGGGCCGGCUUGCUUCGCUGGAUGGCGAAUAGGGAAGGUGGCCCACCAGAGGUGAGGAUAACUGCCAUAAGCCGUCUUCAGCCUAGGUCCUGUCCAUCUGAAGGGACUGAUGAUACAGGGCGCCGGUUGGACAAGUGUGCCCGUGAGUUUGGCGUGCCAUUCAAGUUCCAUGCCAUCACUGCAAAAUGGGAGACAAUUUCCAUCGAUGACUUGAAAACAGAGGCUGAUGAGGUGCUUGUUGUGGUUGACCUCUUUAGUUUCAGUAUCUUGAGGGAGGAGAAUAUCUACUUUGAUGGUCUGAGCUCCAGGGAUACCGUCCUCAACAACAUUAGGAAGAUGCGGCCAGAUGUCUUCAUCCAGGGUAUUAUGAAUUGUUCACAUAGCACCUCCUUCUUGACGCGGUUUCGUGAGGCUUUGUUCUCUUACAGUGCACUGUUUGAUAUGCUUGAUGCAACUAUCCCGAGGGACAGUAAACUACGGCCAGUUCUGGAACAGAACAUGCUGGGUCAUUCUGUGCUGAAUCUUGUCGCCUGCGAGGGUGCAGAUGUGGUGAACCGCCCUGAGAAGUAUAGACGGUGGCAGGUGAGAAACCAGCGGGCAGGCCUGAGGCAGCUACCACUGAAACCAAACAUAGUUAAGGUACUCAAGGAUAAAGUGAUGAAGGACCAUCACAAGGACUUUUUCAUCAGUGAGGAUGGCCAAUGGUUGCUGCAAGGUUUACGUUGCUACUUUGCUAGUGAAUCGGCCCCUACAGGUGGGUGCAGGAAAGAAACAGCGGACUCUGAACAUGUUUAUACAGCAGGCAAUCUCGAGGUUUCCGUCAGCCAGCAAGGAGUGAGCUUGUCACCUCUUGGCAUAGAUCGGAUGGUGGCGGAGAACGAGUCCAAGGUGAUUCCAAGAUGA